AUGGGUAAAUCCAACAGCAAGCUCAAGCCAGAGGUGGUGGAGGAGUUGACGAGAAAAACCUACUUUACGGAAAAAGAGGUGCAACAGUGGUACAAAGGCUUCAUUAAAGAUUGUCCCAGCGGGCAGCUUGAUUCUGUGGGCUUUCAGAAGAUAUACAAGCAAUUCUUUCCCUUUGGAGAUCCCACAAAGUUUGCCUCUUUUGUCUUCAAUGUGUUUGAUGAAAAUAAGGAUGGACGCAUCGAGUUCUCUGAAUUCAUCCAGGCGUUAUCUGUGACCUCUCGGGGGACUCUGGAUGAGAAACUUAGAUGGGCUUUCAAGCUGUAUGACUUAGAUAAUGAUGGCUACAUCACCCGCGAUGAGAUGUUGAACAUUGUAGAUGCAAUUUAUCAAAUGGUGGGAAACACUGUGGAGCUGCCAGAAGAAGAAAACACACCAGAAAAGCGAGUGGACCGCAUUUUUGCAAUGAUGGACAAGAAUGCCGAUGGGAAAUUGACUCUGCAGGAGUUCCAGGAAGGCUCCAAGGCCGACCCUUCUAUUGUUCAGGCUUUGUCUCUCUAUGAUGGUCUAGUCUAA